CUGUAUUCUCAUCAAAGUGCCGAAUGUAGCAGGUUAAUAAACACAGGCCUUGCUGUAACACGCCGGCCUUUUAAAGCGCCUUUUUCGGAAUAAUAUGCAUAAUUAUCAUAAAGCGGACGAAGCCAUGAUACGCGACGCGUCGCUGACUGCUUGACCGCGGCCAGGUUAAUGCGGUUAGCCGCCAUGCUAACCUCCCGAUGCUAACGCUAGCAUCGUUGUUAUUGUCCUCUUUGACGUCUCACUGUGCGGCGAGUAUUUUAUCAUUAUUUUAUUUUUGUAAUAUUUUGUCGCUUUAAACUGUGCGUCGUCCAAGGUGCGCAACAUGAGGGUGGAGUCGAAAAACAAAGCGAAGGCGGACGGCGGCGACGUCGUCGUCAUGGUCAAACGUGAAAUGGGCGAGGAAGAUGGAGACUGUGAUGAGUAUUGUACCAAUGGAGAUGAGCUCCACAUCCAAAUCAAAGAGGAGCCACACGCCCUGGAGAUCACUGAGGUGUAUUAUGGGGCCACUUUAGGCUCCCAGCCUGAUGGUGGUGGUGAUGACGUCAGGACACCCUUUACAGAUGGUCUUCACCACCACUACCAUCUUGCGGGGGUUUUAAAAGAAGAAGAACCGGACGCGCAGCCCGAAUACGACGUGACUGUCAAGGAGGAGCAUUUCAUCAAAAAAGAGGAGGGAGAGGAGUCGCAGGAUGGAGACAACGUGGACGAGGAGGAUGAGGAGUUCGUCUGCACAGGGUCAAAUGAGUUUUUCCCUUGUCCCCACUGUGAUGUCUCCUUCACCAACCUGGACUUCUUGGAGAAGCACGUCAAGUGGGUCCACCAGAAGGAGUACCUGGCCGAGCUGAAUAACUGCCUCUCCAGCCACGCCCAAAAAAGCCUCAUCCCCAAACACACCUGCACCGUCUGCAGCAGCACCUUCAGCUCCAAAGUCUACCUUCGGGUCCAUGUCAGAGAGAGCCACCCUUCUGCACCGACCCGCCGGCUCCACCCGUGCCCGACAUGCGUGCGCAGCUUCCAGUACUUAAAGAACCUGAAAAACCACUGCCAGCGCUGGCACAACAUGUCAGUGGUCAUCAGAGGGGGGAACCUGUGCUGCGUCGACUGCGGGAAGAGCUUCAAAGCCACCUGGGGCCAGGGGCCUCACUUGUGUCACCAGCCGCACACAGAAUCCGAGGAAAAGCCCAUCUGUCUGGACCUGGGAUUGAAGUGUCCAGAGUGUGAUAAGAAGCUGCGCACCCCUCAGAGCUUGGAGGACCACAUGCGCAUCCACACGGGCGAGCGUCCGUUUGUCUGCAAGGACUGCGGCAGGCGCUUUGUGGAGCGCAGCAGCUGGCGGCAGCACCAGAGGAUCCACACGGGGGAGAAGCCGCACAAGUGUCAAGUGUGCGGCAAGGCCUUCCAGAGAGGACACCAACUCAAGUGCCACCUCACCACGCACUCGGCCAAGAAGGAGUACUCCUGCUCCCAAUGCGGGAAGGAGUUUGGAUUAAAGGCGAGCCUCAACCUGCACUUGAGAACGCACUCUAGCGAGAAGCCCUUCCACUGCCUGGCUUGCGAGAAAACCUUCAACACCCGCAAGAACCUGCGCGUGCACACCAAGCUGCACAGCGAGAAGUCUCACCAGUGCGGCGACUGCGGCCUGAAGAUCAGCGACCUGGGGGCUCUGAAGAUACACCUGAGGACGCACACGGGCGAGAGGCCCUACCACUGCACCGUCUGCGGCAACAAGUUCAUCCGCCUGUCGCAUCUGCGGAACCACCAGCGCACGCACACCGGCGAGAGACCCUACAAGUGCGACCAGUGCGACAAGAGCUUCACGCAGUCCGGCGACCUGGUGAAGCACAAGAGGAUACAUUCCGGGGAGAAGCCCUUCGAGUGUCCCGAGUGCCAACGCCGCUACACCUCCUCCGGCGACCUAGGCAAGCACCGCAGGACACACACUAACCUGCGCCCGUACAUGUGUCAGGAAUGCGGCAAGAGCUUCCGCUUGUCCGGCCAUUUGAAAACUCACAUGCUCACUCACACUGGAGAGAAGCCGUACUCCUGCCCCAACUGCUUCCGCAGUUUUGCUCGCUCCCAUCACCUCUCCGGACACAUCGCUAAGUGUCGCUAAGGAUAAACCCAGAGGAUCCUAGCUACAGAACUCACUUCUAGAUCUAGCUUUUGAAAUACAGUGGAACCCCAAACGUCGAACCAUAAUCCAUCCUUUUUGUUGCGGGAAAGCUGGAGCCUCCUAACCUAGCAGACUGUGAGGUGAUUUAGUGAUUGAUGUCCAGUCAAUCACACACAACCUUUUCCACUCACUUCCACAACAAGCAGGAGUCAAUCCCACUUAACUGACGCCAAAUCCGUUCUGGGAUGUCCGAUUUGUUAGAAUGAAGAAAUCGUGGUAACUGAGGCUGUACCUGUAGGAACACAGACAUUAAAAAAAAACAACUAGUAAAUAAUGCCAAAUUAAAAACUAGACAAUAUGAAUUAUUAACCGUAUUAGCAAAUCCAACCUUUACAAAAAUGUAAUUUAACUUAUCAAUGCCCCCGUUUUUUUCUGCACACCAAAUCUGUGACACAGAUCAGAUAAAUGCUCCAAAGUGCUUCAAAUGUGAUCUUUUCUCUUCUGAUUCAGGUUGCAUAAGGAGGUAGUCCGAAUCCGAUUGGAAUCUCAUCUUUUCAAACGUGACUUCCCUAUAAACGGAAAUGGGACUUUUGCAUCAUCUUUAGGCGACUUACGUUAUUCGUGUGCACAAAGAGAGACGCAGCCCGCCAGCAGAAGUAGAUACGUCGUCACAACAUUCGGUUUCGGUGAGCAAAGUAUUUUUCCGGUGGCCGAAUUAUCGCUGCAUCACUAGUCAAUAGUGUGCAAGUAAUGGAUUAUAUGUAAUAUAUAUAAUGCCAUCCAUCCAUCCAUUUUCUACCGCUUAUUCCCUUCGGGGUCGCGGGGGGCGCUGGAGCCUAAUACAUAUAAUGGAUUA